GAACCCCUACCCCCAAUCUGUCUGUGCGCCGCCACCAGCUCCCGAACGGCCGUCCUGCGGCACCGCCACCGCCGCGGCCGUCCCGCCUGGCCAACUGCUCCACCGCCACCUUCUCCGCCGCCCCCGUCCUGCGACGCCACGGGUGGGCGCUCGUUCCGGCACUGCACCAACCACCUGCUCGAUCCACGACGGGGGCUCAUUCCGUGCGCCCUGCCGGAGCGCUGAUAGUUGGGGGGCUGGUGCACAAAGAGGAAGCAGGAGUGUGAACCCCAGGGUGAAAUGGCGAGCGGCGGCAACCCCGGAGUAGUUGGCGAGGAAGGCGUCGGGCCAGAGACUCGCCGCGUCCACGACUAGGUUCCCGAGGGGAUGGAGUUGCGGUUUGCUUUCUUGGUGAACAUUAGAAGGGACCGGUACAUCGUGGAUGCAAAGAAUAGGAAGUAAUUCCAUGGAGGGUUCGAUUAUCCGUUGCCAAUGGAUUGUAAUUGGAGUUUCAGACAAUUUGGGGAGGUAAUUUGGACCCCAUAUCCUUGGGGUUUGCAUGAUGAAGUGGAAUUCAAAUACUACGAUGGGGGAAGUAAAUGGGUGAAAGUUAGUAAUGAUGCAGAGGUCGCUAUCAUGUUUGCUAAGCAUAAGGAGAAAGAGAAAUUUCAUGUGAGGCUGCAAAAUGAUGUGGUUGUGGCGGCACUUGGACGUAGCAUGGCGGGUGCCCCUUCUCGGGUAGAACCAUGUCGUCGUAAUGGCAGCUCUAGUCAGAACAGUUCAGUUAGUGCACGGCGACGUGGUGGCUCGACACGCGUGGGCACCGGCAGAAGGGUCCCCCUUGAAGUGGAGCCUAAUGUCUACAAUUCUGGGGAUGAUGAAGAGAGGCUAUAUUCUGAUGUUGUUCAAAAUUUCCGACGGGCAUCUCGGGCUGAAAACCAAGAUGAGGCUGACAAUGACAUCCCUGUGGUGGAUGACGCGGUGGGUGAGGACAAAGACCAUGCACCUGUUGAAUGGGACCGUGAGAACCCUCAGAUGGAAGAAGGUUCCAUUUUUGCAUCCAUGACUGAGUGUAGAAAUGCACUUGUGACGUACUGCAUCAAGGCAGAACGUACGUUCGAAGUUGACAAGAGCGAUCAAGUACGUUACAGAGUGCACUGUCCGAGUGAGGAUUGUCCAUGGAGGAUGCACGCAUCCAAAAUGCGAAAUAGCACGAAUGUUCAGGUCAAAGUGAACCCUUUUAGACACACAUGCCAGGAAUCAACCCUUAGGAAGGAAACAAUCAGUAGAGCCAAGUCAAGAUGGGUGGCAGAAGAAGUAAAGCGGUGGGUGACAGAAAACCAUCGAGUGGGUACAAAGGAAUUGCAGAAGAACAUCAAAGACAAGUUCAAGAUAGAGUUGCCAUACAUGAGGGUGUUCAAUGGUAAACAACAUGCUAUGAUUCUAUUUAUGGUAACUGGCAGGAAAGUUUUAAAUUGUUGUAUUCCUGCAAAAGUAAAGUGGAGAGGACCAGCCCAGGUAGUAUUGUAGAUAUUGACCACCACUCCGUGGAGUACACAUUGAAGGGAGUGACAAGGACCAAGGAAUGCUUUAGGACGGUUUUUGUCUGCUUUGAGGCUUGUCGCCAGGGUUUUUUGGCAGGCUGCAGGCCGUAUUUGGCUGUUGAUGCUACUUUUCUCACUGGGAGGUUUAAAGGACAGUUAGUAGAAGCUUGUGCAGUUGAUGCACACAAUUUCGUAUUUCCAGUUGCGUACGGUGUGCUGGAGACUAAGUCUUAGGAGAGCUGGACUUGGUUUUUGCAGAAUCUGCGCCGGGCUAUUGCACAUCCCAAUGGGUUGGCAAUUCAUACAGAUGCUUGCAAGGGUUUAGAAGUGGCCGUGGAAAAUGUGUUCCCUAGAGUAGAGCAUAGGGAAUGCAUGCGUCGCCUUGCUGCAAAUUUUGGGAAGAAAUUCAGAAGAAAGUUGUAUGCCGACAAUUUAUGGCCAGCAUCUUUGACUUGCAGUGUGAAGAAGCACAACUACCACUUGAGAUAGUUAUACACGAAUGACACGUGAAGGAAUACUUGGAAACACACCACUCCAAGUUAUGGGCCAUAAGCCAAUUCAGUGAACUGGGCAAAGUUGACUAUGUGCACAAUAAUCUUGUAGAGUCUUUCAACUCAAUGAUCCGGAAACUAAAGGGUCUUUAUUUGGUGGAUUUGCUUGACAAGAUAAGGAUUGAAUACAUGCAGAAGUUUCAUGUCCAUGCAGGAAUAGCCGCAGCAAAAUUCAUGGGCCAUAUUAUCAUCCCUUCGGUGAUGAAUGAAUUGAAGCAAAAAACAAGAGGCUUGGAAAUGGACAUGACUCUUUGCUCGGCUACCACAACAGAGGUGUCAUUUUUGGAUAAACAGAAGAGGGAAUGGAGAUAUCCAGUGGAUUUAGAAGCUAGAACUUACAGUUGUAGGCAAUGGCAGAUAACUGGGUUGCCAUGCAUUCAUGCCUUGU